GAGAUUCUGAAGUCUGCAGGAGCUCAGACACUCGGCUCACAGCUCAAGCUGCAGAAACAUGAAAUUUGUGAUUCUGGUUGCUCUUGUCAGCGGGGUUUUUGCUGCCCCAUUCAUGAAGGAAGAGGAGGCCAAGCGAUUUAUCAGGCUGAAGAGACAGGCAGGAUACUGGGAUCCAAACCAUUCUCAGAACCAGUGGGGUUAUACCAUCCAAGAGCAGGCUAACGAGUACUGGACUGCUCUCCGAACAGAUGCUCAGUACUACAUGGACAUGAGCGCCCUGAUGUUCGACCGCUCUGUGGCAACUGAAAACAACAAGCUGUAUAUGGAGAUGCUACGAAACGCUCGUGCUCACCUGGACAGCCAGACCGGUCGACGCUGAUGAAUGAAAGAUGAGCAGUGAGAAGAUGGGAAGUCACUGUGAAAAUAAAA